AUGCGAUUUCUGGUGGCGAGGGACUCGUCCUCACCCGCGCCCUCCCCGCUUUCCCUCAGCGAGAACGUCGAGUCGAGUAAGCCGGAAAUAGGCGGCUCUUAUGGUGGCUUCAUCGCCCUCGUGGUCAGCCUCGCCUGCAUUUUCGUCUUUUCAUGCAUCGGCAUCUUCAUCCUCCUCCGGAGCCACGAGCCCACCCCGUAUGAACGGCAGAUGCGCCGAUCUCGUGCGCGCAACCGCGCCGAGUGGACGUACGAAGCGCCCGUGGGACCUCCUGGAAUCCGUGAACGUCUUGCACGGCUGUUUGGCCGUCAACAGGGUUGGAUCAAGGCCUCCGGCGGUGAUGGCGAUGAAUGGGACGCCUCGGAUCACACUGCACCAUACUACUCUGCCAGUGAACUGCGAGAGCGCGAUCGGGCAGAGUCGCAGUACCCUAUAUCAGCCUCGAAUGCAGCGUCGACAAUGGAAAAUCCACGGCACAGCGUUGUGCCUGGCGCAAGGACGGACUCCAUGGAUGUCGAGCUCCGUGCGCCCUCGCCAGAAUCUCUACUCGGCAAUGCAUUCCAACAUGACCUUCAGCCAUCAGAGGAUAGCGAUCGAGGGCGGAUAACCCCUAUCCCCCAGGCACACACCUCCUCUUCACCGACCCCGUUGUCUCCUGUCUCGAGCUUGGGCGAGCACGCGUAUGAAGGGCUCGAGGACGGUUCUGAGCGCCGAGAUGACAGGCAUUUCUCGGUACAGUCGCUUUCGCAGGACACGGGCUCGAUUAGCGUCCGCUCUAUGCGCAAGUUCGACAACGGCACGAAAUUCAGGGAGGCGUUGACUUUCUAG